AGUAACUGCUAGAACUCAGUUUCUCUGGAAGAAAAACGGGAACAGCAGUACCUAACCCUCCCUGUCCUCUAAGUAUCUUUGAAGUUCCUGGAAAGAUUUGUUUGUAAAUGCAUCAUAAACAGACAGCCCAGAAUGAAGAAAGCAAGCAGGAGUGUUGGCUCAGUGCCCAAAGUGCCUGGAGUAAAUAAAACUCAAACAACUGAAAAAGCCAAACCAGAAAACGGCUCCUCAGUGUCUGCAGUAACAAAACUCUCCAAAACUGGGACAUCAGCAUCUCUUUUGAAGACUAAGAGUAAUGAUGACCUCUUAGCGGGGAUGGCCGGUGGUGGUGGAGUGACAAUGACCAAUGGUGUCAAGGCAAAGAAGAGCACUUGUGUAUCAGCCGCAUCUUCAGCUUCAGGGACGACCAUGAACAGUCUGGAAAAUAAACCCAAAACCAUUGCAGGUACAAGUUCCACAACUAAGCGUAGCACUUCAUCUGGAAAUAAAGAGUCAAGCUCUUCUAGAGAAAGGAUACGCGAUCGUUCUCGUUUAAGCCAGAGCAAAAAACUGCCUUUGAGUGGACAGGGCACCAGUGACACGGUACUGGCAAAGCGCUCCCGUAGCCGCACCAACCCGGAAUCGGAUAUUCGAAUGAGCAAGUCCAAAUCAGACAAUCAAAUCAGUGACAAAGCUGCGCUGGAAGCAAAGGUGAACGAUCUUUUAACGCUAGCAAAAACUAAAGAUGUGGAAAUCUUGCAUCUGCGGAAUGAACUAAGGGAUAUGCGUGCUCAGCUGGGACUUAAUGAAGAUCAACUUGAAGGUGAUGAAAAAUCUGAAGAAAAAGAAGCCAUUGUUGUCCAUCAGCCAACUGAUGUAGAGUCUACACUGCUACAGUUACAGGAACAAAACACAGCCAUCCGAGAGGAGCUCAACCAGCUGAAGAAUGAAAACCGAAUGUUAAAAGACAGACUAAACGCGUUAGGCUUUUCUUUGGAACAAAGGCUGGACAACUCUGAAAAACUCUUUGGCUAUCAGUCUUUGAGUCCAGAGAUUACAGCCGGCAACCACAGUGAUGGUGGUGGUACUCUGACAUCUUCAGUGGAAGGUUCUGCUCCUGGGUCAAUGGAAGACUUGUUAAGUCAGGAUGAAAACACUUUGAUGGACAAUCAACAUAGUAAUUCCAUGGAUAAUUUAGACAGUGAGUGCAGCGAGGUUUAUCAGCCACUGACAUCAAGCGAUGAUGCCUUAGAUGCUCCAUCAUCUUCGGAGUCGGAAGGGGUACCAAGUAUAGAAAGAUCUAGGAAGGGAAGCAGUGGCAAUGCAAGUGAAGUGUCUGUAGCUUGUCUGACAGAACGGAUACAUCAGAUGGAAGAGAAUCAGCACAGUACAGCUGAAGAGCUCCAAGCCACGCUUCAAGAGCUUGCAGAUUUGCAACAAAUAACACAAGAGUUAAACAGUGAGAAUGAAAGACUUGGAGAGGAAAAAGUAAUCCUUAUGGAAUCUUUGUGCCAGCAAAGUGACAAGUUAGAACACUUCAGCCGUCAGAUUGAGUAUUUUCGGUCCCUUUUAGAUGAACACCAUAUUUCCUAUGUCAUUGAUGAAGAUAUGAAGAGCGGUCGCUACAUGGAGUUAGAGCAACGGUAUAUGGACCUUGCAGAGAACGCUCGGUUUGAGCGAGAGCAGCUGUUAGGUGUUCAGCAGCACUUGAGCAACACUCUGAAGAUGGCAGAACAAGACAACAAGGAGGCCCAGGAAAUGAUAGGGGCAUUAAAGGAACGAAAUCACCACAUGGAACGAAUUAUUGAGUCAGAGCAGAAAAGCAAAACAGCGAUAGCGUCUACCUUAGAGGAGUACAAAGCCACAGUAGCCAGUGACCAGAUUGAGAUGAAUAGGCUGAAAGCUCAGUUAGAGCACGAGAAGCAAAAAGUGGCUGAGUUGUAUUCUAUACACAACUCUGGAGAUAAAUCAGAUAUACAAGACUUGCUGGAGAGUGUCAGGCGGGAUAAAGAAAAAGCAGAGACAUUGGCCAGUAGUUUGCAAGAAGAGCUGGCACACACUCGCAAUGAUGCCAAUCGGUUGCAAGAUGCCAUUGCUAAGGUUGAAGACGAAUACAGAGUGUUCCAAGAAGAAGCCAAGAAACAAAUUGAGGAUCUCAACGUAACUCUAGAAAAACUUCGGACAGAACUAGAUGAGAAAGAGACCGAGCGAAGUGACAUGAAAGAAACUAUCUUUGAGUUGGAGGAUGAAGUGGAGCAGCAUCGUGCUGUGAAGCUUCAUGACAAUCUCAUCAUAUCUGAUUUGGAGAAUACAGUUAAAAAACUUCAGGACCAAAAACAUGACAUGGAAAGAGAGAUAAAGAAUCUUCACAGGAGACUCCGGGAGGAAUCAGCAGAAUGGCGUCAGUUCCAGGCUGAUCUCCAGACUGCAGUCGUUAUAGCCAAUGAUAUAAAGUCUGAGGCCCAAGAAGAGAUAGGAGACCUGAAGCGUCGAUUACAUGAAGCUCAGGAGAAAAAUGAGAAGCUCACUAAAGAGUUGGAGGAAAUAAAGUCACGCAAGCAGGAAGAGGAACGUGGUCGAGUGUACAAUUACAUGAACGCUGUAGAGAGAGAUUUGGCAGCUCUGAGACAAGGAAUGGGCCUGAGUCGCAGAUCAUCCACCUCCUCAGAGCCAACUCCUACUGUAAAAACACUCAUCAAGUCAUUUGACAGUGCCUCCCAAGUUCCAAGCCCUGCUGCUGCCACAAUUCCUCGCACUCCCCUCAGCCCAAGUCCCAUGAAAACUCCCCCGGCUGCUGCUGUGUCCCCUAUGCAGAGGCAUUCUAUAAGUGGACCAAUCUCGGCUUCAAAACCCCUUGCUACGCUGACAGACAAAAGGCCAAGCUAUGCUGAAAUCCCUGUUCAAGAACAUUUGUUGAGAACAUCUUCUACCAGCAGGCCAGCAUCUUUGCCAAGAGUACCCGCUAUGGAAAGUGCCAAAUCUAUUUCUGUCUCUCGAAGAAGUAGUGAAGAAAUCAAACGGGACAUCAGUGCACCUGAUGGAGCAUCUCCAGCAUCUCUCAUGGCAAUGGGUACCACCUCACCACAGCUCUCACUCUCAUCUUCUCCUACGGCAUCUGUCACCCCUACAACCAGAAGUCGAAUAAGGGAAGAGAGGAAAGAUCCCUUGUCUGCCCUAGCAAGAGAAUAUGGAGGAUCCAAGAGAAAUGCCUUGCUGAAGUGGUGCCAGAAAAAAACAGAAGGCUAUCAGAAUAUAGACAUAACAAACUUCAGCAGUAGCUGGAAUGAUGGUUUGGCUUUCUGUGCAGUCCUCCAUACUUACCUCCCAGCCCAUAUUCCCUACCAAGAGCUGAACAGCCAGGACAAGAGAAGAAAUUUUACUUUGGCUUUUCAAGCAGCUGAAAGUGUUGGCAUCAAAUCUACUCUGGACAUCAAUGAAAUGGUGCGAACUGAGCGUCCAGACUGGCAGAAUGUCAUGCUGUAUGUUACAGCAAUUUACAAAUACUUUGAAACCUGAAACCCUAGUAAUUCAACAGAUCCAUGCGAUAAAACUGACAUGAGCUACCAGAUGGAAAUCAUACUGAAAUGCUAAUCCUCAUUUCACUAAAAACUGGCAACAUUUGAAUCCCCUCAGACUUCAGUGACACUACCCUGGAUUGCCUCAGAUUGCUUCAGCCUGGAAACAACUGUUUCAAAGCAAGAACUUGUUGCCACAGUGCUUGGAAUAACCCAAGUUAUUAAACUGUUCAGAUUAAUUAUGUAGCCUAAAGAGCCUGGACUACUUAUGUGCUGCCUUUCCAGACAGACUUCCUGAAGCUUUCUUUCCUAGGAGAUGUAUGGAUCCUCUAGCAUAUAGGAGACUGAAUGUACAGCUAAAGCUUUGAGAAGAAAAGGAUAACAUGGCAUCAUAUUUCUGAACUUUCUGUAGCAUCCUGAUACCACAGAGUCUGAAUAUUCUACCCACAGCAUUUGACACCCCGAUACAGUAGAGUUCUUAAUGCCUUUACAGCUAUUUCCCCUCCUUUAAAAUAUGCACAAUAUUCUAGGAAAACGAGCUUUUAUUCCGUAAUGACAAAAUGAGUGGAAAAGUGCUCUCGAUACCUCGAAAACUUUGGCACAGAAGAACUCUUCAUUCUAAAGCUUCAUUAUAAGCCUACCUCUGUCACAGUGAUGUGGCUUCCAACUUUAUCUUACGGAUUGUAAAGACUAGCACAUACAGCUCCUGGUUUUCAGGGUACGCUAUACUUCAAGGAAUCUGUCCAAUCUCCCUGUGCUUCCAUUAUAACAGAGAUGAAUCAAUAACCAACCCUUGUAUGGCUUGUUCUUUCCCCUCUUCCCCCUUUGCCUGUAUAGCACGCACAGCUGCCCCAGGCUUCACUCUACAGCAAUACGAGCAUACGUCAUGGAUUUCUGUGGUAGAAUUUUGGAACUGGGAUAGCAUUUCCUCUGCAGAGAAGAUAUUUUCAAUAAGAUGUAACGAUGAAGUAGCUUGUCUCAAAAUCCAGCUUUGCCAUGUUUUCUGUGUGUUUUUCAUUGAUCUUGCACAUCCUCAUCUGACUGACAGAAGGUGAGGCGUUCUCUGACAAGAAGUCUGGAGGAACUGAUGUAAUGUGUAUACACCCAGUAGUCUUGAAUAUUGCGUGGAAAUGACUCACUGUCACAAGGAAGGAACUGAGAAACUUUAGUCUGCUCAACUUCUAUUUUCCUAAAAUGUACCUGAAUUCAUUUAACAGCCCUUGGGCAAAAGAGUUCAAGUAAGUGCCUUAGCGAUCAUUGAAUUGAUACAUCCUGGCACUUCAGGGCCUCGUGUAGAAUGUUAAUGGCUCAGAAUGAUUUCAUAUAUCCAUUUGUCGUAAGCUGUUUGUUGUAAUAUUGUUUGUCAAAGCAAUGGAAGGCUUCAUUCUGUCAUUGCUACUGCCUCUUCUUUUUCUGAAUACUUAUCAGCAGUUAAGCCACAGUUGAGCAUCUCUCAUUAAUAUUAAGCAGAAGCCUACUUUAGAAGUGAGUUCCGUAACAACCGCUAUUUAUAAGCACAUGCUCUUUCAACACAGUAACCCUGUUAUAAAGAAAAUGAAUCUGCCAUUUCUAUGGUGCUCUUAUGACUGUUAAGGACAGUUUGAAUGUCAUAGAUGUUAACCCAGUGAAUGCAACUGUGCUUGGCAUCUGUGAAACUUCAUCAUGGUAUAAAAGCACAGAUUUAACUCAAAACUAUUGCCAAAUCCAAAAACCUAUCAUCUGAAGAACAUAGCCCACAUGAAGAGUAAUAAUUCAGCAUGUCUCUAGCAGCAAGCAUUAUCUAAAAAUGUAUGCUUACACUGAUAUGUGCCUGUGAGAAUUAGGAAAAUUUGCAAAAUAACUACUUAAUCCAUGCUGAGGGCCUUUGGAGAAGUUUUCAGAGCAGCAGUCUCUCUCAUUCUUGCAGAUCUUUAGAGCCCUAAAAGCAGCUAGAUACUCUCAGAUUAUUAAUUGAUGCAUUUGAAGAACCAACAUAAUUUAAAGACAAUUGUUGCAAGAGAGGCUUCAAGUGAAAAAUCUUCAUUGGCAGGUUUUAAUAAAAGUCUGAAUUACAAUUUCCUUUCCCAUAUAUUUCUUCAAAAUUUUUUGUUUGCUUCAUUUCUUCAAAUAAGUUUCAAUGAGAAUACUCCUGUUGGAAAUAUGCAUUAUUUCUGUCUCACAUUUCAUCUCUUACUACUAAAUUCCAGGUUUUGCCAAUUUGUAUUUAAAUAACCUUCUGUUCAUCCUCUGAACAGACAUCCUUAGCUAUGAUUGUCUUAUUCAUUGCCUUAGAUUUUAAGAUAAUAUUUUUCUAAUAAAAAGAAUAGCAUAUCUUGGUCUAAAUUCAUUCAUGACCUGUUUUGUUAAGGUAAUUUGAGCUUUUGGCUCUUUUUUUUUUUUUCUGUCCAGUGGUCAACUUCAUUUACCUGGAAUGUUGUAUUAGUCUGAAAUAACACUAAUAGUAUAACCAUUUGUAAAAGGGGAAGUGACAUUUUCCACAUAUUUUCUGUUAAAAACAUGAGCUGCUAGUCUUCAGAGAGAGAGAGUAAAAUUACUAGUAAUUAUAAAAAUGAUCUUGUUUUGAACUUCAGAGCUCUGUAAACUUCCUGGUGUGAUCUGUCUGAUGACCCUCUUCUGUAUUCAUAUCUGUAAAGGAGUAUUGGGCUCCAUGAAGAGUGUUCUUUUUAUAUGGAUAUAUCUGAGCCUUUACGUAUAAGAUGCUGCACAGCUGUCCCAAUGGAAGGUCUAAAGCAAACAUAAUGCCCUGCUGCACUCUACAACAUUUUUUUUCUGAAGGUUCAAAUAGCAUUAAAUUUUUCAAGUGGAAUAGCUGUAGCCCUUCUGGACGUGGUUGAUACUGUUCAGUUUGGUUCCUACUCAGAGUUGAUCCCGAAACAGCCUGGGUUUUUGUACAUAUGAAGUAUGAGUUUAUGCUGAUUUACUUUCCUUUCUUUUUAAUCCAGAAAAUAUUUCUGAAUGUACUAAAAAAGGACAAAUAUUUUAUCAUCAAAUUUGUAUUAUUGCAUUUUAAUAUGUGCCUUGCAAAUGCCUCUGCUGUAGUAUUUCAGGGUUACUCGCUGCCAGCUUGGGGGGGGGGGAACAGAAUGGAGCUGUCGAACUUAUUGAUGCAGAUACAGCUGUCUCAUCUUCUGGAUCCUGCUUACUGAAACAAUUCCAUGGAUUAGAGAGGUCGGUUUAGAGCCAGAUAUGUGUUUGGUUUUGCUAGUUUGCAUCAGAAGGACUCUGAUGCAAGAUCAUCAUCAGUGAACAGAAUGAACAGUUGUGGGAUUUUCUUUACCAAAAGAGAAGCCAUGGGAGGAAAGACUUGAUUAUUCAGGAAAAUCCUGACAGAGAAGUUUUGAUAUGGAGUAUCUGACAAUAACAGAAGUGAGGUGACUUCAGAAUGGAUUACACUUGAUUUGGUUUUCAGUUGGUUUUGUUUGUUCCAGUGUGAUUUGGUUGUCCUGUAUAUUUAACUAGAAACACUCAUUUAGUAUCUGUGGUGGGAAUCUCAAUGGCUCUCACAAAGAUCUCUCAUUCUCAUGCCUCUGAAAAAUUACAAGUGAAAUUUGCUCUUUCAACUUUGUGUUUAUGGAUAGGUAAUCCAGAAUAUAGUAUUUAAUUACAGCAUAUUCUGAUGUAAAAGUAAUUUUUUGUCUCUUUGCAUAAAAUAUAUUCUUCAGGUUACAUGUAGCAUUUCUGAUCAUUUUUUGCCUGCAGUUUUGUAAAAUAUUUCCACUGUUUGUUUUUCUGUACAGUCCAUCAUCACGCUUUAGGGGCCCCUUGAUUUGCCAAAGCUAAAUGAACUCUGCUUUGAUGUAUUGGUGUAAACUCAUAUUAAUAGCACUGGCAGCAGUGAUAACUCUGGUUUUACAAGCAUAAGGAAAAAUAAGUUUACCCCUUGCUCUAACGAUGCAGUACGGUGGUUUAACUGCUGAGGAUCUGCCUUAAGAAUUUUGUAGCUGUGACAAAAAGGUCACAUUGGCAUCUAAUUUCUGUUAAUGAUCUCAUUGUUAAGUUCUUGUAUUUUUUUUUCAGUUCCCUGACUAAACACUCCAGACAUUUAGAUUCUGUUGCAUCUUUUGCAUCACCAGAAAACUCCAUUUAUUCAGUUCUCUCUUUCUGUAUGAUUUUGGAACAGGGUACAAAUAUUAUUAUAACCUAGUUUUAAACAAGAUUAUUUGGGAAGUUGGAGAUAUGGGGAACUUCUGGGUGUUUUUCUUACUUUCUGUGUUCUGCUUGUGACUGGCUUGGGAACGCUGUCUGGUUUUCAGGUGAUAUGUGACACUAUCUUCCAAAGCUGCCCCCUCUGGCUGACAGGCCUGAAGCUAUGGAAAGGCUAACAUUAAGCCUUUAAAACUGUUCAUAUGACGCGAGUGGUGACUUUACUUCUUAUUUGGCUCUUGCAACUGAUGCAGGCACAGCUUAACUCCUGCAUGCAGCAGGAGCUAUUAAGGAGCUGAAUUCUUCUGGGAAGGAAUCCAGUUGCACACCUAUAGACUAUUUUUUGCUUAUUGUGAGUAAUAGUCUUGCUGAGGUGGCCUAAGAAAGAGGAUUUAAAAAUAGUAGUGUUCAUGUACAGACAGAUUUAACUAUAUAGUUUGUUUGUGGUCCUUUCUUUGGCUUGGUAAAUAUUUAUUUCUGUUUUAUUUUUAUGUUUUGCCAAGCUCUAUUUCUGCAAUUCCUUUCUUUAAGCUAGCAUUAGUAUAUGAAUACUCAGUAAUAUUAACCAGUCUGAGAAAUGAUUUGGUGAAAAGUGGUAUCAAAGUGUAGUUGUCAUCCACGAGCUCCGGCCACGCCACCGCGCUUUCCCAGGUUACUGCCUGUUAUCAGCAAAACGUGUUGGGGCUGCCACGACUUCCCUAUCUCCCAUGUAGCAUACAUCACCCCGGGGUGUCCAUCAGGUGUUCUUCCCCCAAAUUAUCAGCUUCUUAAAAGCUAAGGGUUCAGAGACAUCUCUUAAUAGAUUUAAUUGCCCUUAUUUAGAAAGGUAUCUCUAAUAGUGUUUCUGCUUUUAAAGGAGCGUGGCUGGACGGGUUUUAAAUGACUGGCUUGGUGAGCAUUCCUAGUCCUUCAUUCAGCUAAGUUUUUUCUGUUGUAUUCCCUGUGGUUGCAGUAUCAGUGGUGCAGUACACUUCGUAGUUAUCAAAGCCAAGAUGUUAAGCAUCUGGAAUAUGUAGCAAGUAUGCUUUUGAUAAUUAUUGCUAAAUAACUUAAAACCUUAAGGUUUGUACAGUUCUGAUUUCUGUUAGUGUUGACACAAGUGUCUUUUUUUCUUUAUGUAUUUGUGCUUGCUAGUUUUGGGGAUGUGACACCCUUGAACUCAGUUUGAGAAGGCCACUGUCCUCGCCUCCAUACAUUAAUUUUUUCUGUGAUAAUAGGAUUAUUUCCUCACAGUGAAACUUCAGUAAAACCUAUGAAUACCAGAUGACUUCCUUCUAACCAACACUUAUCUUUUACUUGGACUAUUCCUUACCCUUAGGGCACUGUCUGCCACAGAGUUGCAUGUAAAGUUCCCAUCAGUUCCAGCAGGACUUGUGGAUGCGAAAGAGUAGAGGAGACUUUGGGCACAAUAUUACAGCAGCCUGAUGCCAUUAAGCUGGUUUAAUUUUAAUCCCCGAUUUUCAGUUCAGCCAAAAUCAUUUACUCAGAGUUGAAAUCUGGCACGUUUGUUCACCACUGGGAGGUAUGCUUCUGUUUAAUAAUAUUUUUAUGAGAUUGUAUUUAUGGAAACCGAGAGAAAAAUGUCAUGAAGCUAGUUUUGUUGCACUUUUCUAAGGGUUUUGUAUUUUGCAUAGAGUUCUAGAAUAUGAACAAAUUGUUCGGGGAAGUCAAGGCUUAAAACUUACUGUGCCCCAGCGUAGCAACGUAUUAUGUGCAUUCUCAUCCUAGUGAUAAAUGUCUUAUUUUAAUGGCAUGUAACUAGUGUAUUUAUAUGGUAGUUAGGAAGCCCAGUGGACAUUUCCUGCUGCAGAGGAGCCGUUGGCAGUCCUGGUUCCACAGUUCAUGAACUGACCUGUUUUGACAGGAGACUGCAUCUGCAAUAAUGGAAUAGUCAGUUUUUGUUUCUGAACUCUAUUUCAACAAAUGGGAAGAAAGAGGCUCUUCUUUCUUUUUUUUUCCCAUUGUUGAAAUUUCUCCAGAGGUUUUUUACUGGUUACCAAUUAUUGCAUGUGUUCAAUUAGGAUAAUUACUUGGGAAUCAGUUCAGUCAAGAAGGCAUAAGUACACGUAACAUACUCAAGUAGUGAAUCCUUGUAACUUACAACAUUUCAGUUUGUUAGAAACUUUUGGGUUUUGCAUAUAUUGUAACGUCAAUUUUACUUUUUUUAAGUAGCACUUUUAUACGUAUCUGAAGGGUUUUUUUGAACAGAAUUUUUUUUUUUUUCUGUAUGUAAUCUAUCGGAAAGUAUAACACUACUAAACAAAGAAUAGACUAGUUAGGCUCCAGACUGUAAGUUCACUUUAGGUCAGUAAUGAUCAAGAGUUGUUCAAUGUGUAUGAAAUAAAUCAGUGAUCUCAUUUAUUACUGGACAACUCUCCAGAUCAAAUACAGAAGGGCAUUAAUUGGUACCCUCCAACUCUUGGAUGAGGGUACUUUUGGUUCAGGUGUGAGGCAGAAUUGACAGAACAGUGUGAUGAAUUUUGGACUUCAUGAAAGAACAGAAUUUUAUUGAUGUCUCAAUCUAACUUCACGGCACUGUAUUGGAUAAGGACUAACCUUGUUAUCUCAAGAUAACACUGCAGCCAGUACUAAUAUCUCUUAAAUAGCUAAUUUAAAGCUUAUUUUCCAUGGCCUUUAAAGAUGACGUAAAAAACAGUGAUUCUUAAAAGCUCUUCUCAUCCAUCCAGCUUUUCUGAUUUGUAUUGGUUUUAUACUCCCUCGACACACAAUUGUUAGACUGACCUAACAGUACAUGUAUGGGUUUAGUAAUUCUUGUUAUAGACAACAAGCUCUUUUCUCUUUUCCAGAACCCUUUCAAAUGGUUUACACACACACAUUGACAUAUAUAGCCAUUUUACAUAGAUAGAGAGGUUUUACAUAAAUGUAUAUAUGUACAUAUAUAUACACACAUAUAUGGCAUGUGUGUAUAUAUGUACAUAUGCGAGUUCUUAAUAAAAAUAUGUUUCAAGAAGUGCUUGCAUUUUCAGUACUUAGGGUGGUGUAUUAGUGUAUACAUUUAAAAGGUAAGGAGGAAAAAACCAUUUUGUUUGCUUCUGGUUAGAGCGGAGAAAUACAAGUUUGAGGAAAAUUUGGAAGUAUGUUCAAAUUGUAUUUCACCCUGUCUCUGGUUUGAAAGGCACAAGCUGUUAAUCAUUGGAACUUAAAAGGUCAGCAAGCAUAUUUUAAGCUAAACCUUUUGGAGGACCAAUAUGCUUUUAGUUUGCAAGGACCACUAAAGAUCUGGGCAUUUACUUUCUUCAUAAUGUAUUCUGUAUGAGUAUUUAGUAUGUAUGCCUUCAAUUUGCCAAUGUUGCCAUGUUUUCUUCUUAAUUAUUCCUGAAAUAAAAAUUGCAAAAAGCAAAA